AUGUCGCUCUUCGCUCCUCUGUCCGAGCUCGCCUUGUUGCAUCAAAGCUUUGGCAUCCGCGCCGCCGACAUCGGCGCUGCCCAUGAGACCAUCUCUGUCCAACCUGAUUCUUCCACCUCUCUUGGCAUCGCUGCUGCUGCCCAAUCGCUCAACGCUGACUCGGAUCUAGCCUUUUGGGUUUAG